AUGAGGCGGUUGACCGAUCUGCUAGACGUUGCGACGACGCAUGCGAAUGCUUUGCCGCCAAAGUCGGAUCUUUCAUUUCAUCGGACACUUCAUCGGAAAUUCGCAAAAGAUCAGGACGAAGCCAGUAGUCGCAUACUCAAGCUGGCUGAUAGUCUAUUGGCGAAAGUACAAACAGACAUUAGUAGUAAAGGCAAAGCGAGGAGAAAAAUAGAGGAUGAGGAGGACGUGGUCGAUGGCUACAGACGCGGCGUCAUGGACGUUGUCAAUGGCCUGUUGGAGGAUGCUGCCUCCAGAUUGGACGAGGUCUCUGGACAGAAAAAAAGUCCAGCGAUUCAAGUCUCAUCCUCAGCCAGCCCAAGUCAUGCUCGUAUUCCGCCACUGGUCGCUUUUUGGACUUUCAAGGCCGUCAAAGCUCACGUAUCAAAACCUCAACUUCAGUUCCCGGACAGGCAGAAGUACGAUUCCUAUCGCCACAAUCCUCCAUGUCCGUUCCGCCCCCACCUACUGACAAAACCGCACGCGUUGGUCCCCUUGGAAUUCGAAGGUAGCUCCAGAGCCGAUGACACAGAUAACGAGAAGGGACAUCAUUUGGUACGGCAACACCCUUACCGAUAUGAGACAGAACAUAUCGGUUACCCUACGGCCAUGUUCAUGUCUGCGCCUCCGAUUCCCCCUCGACCUAUCGAUGAGGACGAUGCCAUCUUGGUGGAGACGCCCGAGGCAUACCGCGCCAUGGUAGCCGAACUAGUCAAGGCAAAGGAGAUCGCUGUGGACACGGAACACCAUGAUGUCCGAAGCUACUUUGGUUUCACCUGCUUGAUGCAAAUCAGCACUAGGGAAAAAGAUUGGAUAGUAGAUGUCAUCAAGCUCAGGGGUUUGAUAAGCGAAGACAAGUUUGGCGGAGUGAUGGUGGAUCCUAGCGUGGUCAAGGUACUGCAAGGUGCAGAUCAGGAUAUUGUCUGGCUGCAGAAGGAUUUUCAAAUUUACAUUGUCAACCUCUUUGAUACUCAUCAGGCGGCUGCAUUCCUACAAUACCCUCAACGUUCUCUGAAAGCAUUGGUCGCGAAAUUUUGCGGUAUAACACUAGACAAGGGUCAGCAAAUGGCGGAUUGGCGGGUCAGGCCCCUUACCCCUGAAAUGAUCAAAUAUGCCCGAGCCGAUACUCACUACCUUCUGUACGUAUACGACAAGAUCCGGAAUGAGCUUUUGGAGAAGUCACGGCAGCCGACGCCGGUUGAGGAGGUGUCUGGCGAAGCCGCUGAACCUGUCAAUCCCCAGGGCUCGAUGCGACAAGUUUUGGGCCGUUCUGAAGAGAUUGCUCUCAAACUGUAUCAACCAGAAGAGAGUGAUUACAGUACUGGAGACGGCGCCUUUGGCUGGUAUCAUGCGGUGAAAAUGGCUUUCGGUUACAAAGGUGUGCAAACCGAGACAGCCGUCCUCUUCAAACAUCUUCACGUUUGGCGAGACAUGGUGGCGAGGCGUGAGGAUGAAUCUCCUCACUACAUCAUGAGUAAUGACUUUAUGCGAUAUCUCGCCCAGACAGCUGCGACAAACUCGGAUUCUCAAAUGGCAGAAGUCAUGGCUGUCGUCCCUCGCGAAUACGCAGACGAUAUCUCGAAGGCUAUCUUCGACGCCAGGACCGAUUGGGAGAAACAUGGUCCAGAUGCGAUCAAGAUACUCGUAAAAUCUACCAAGCGUCCAAAGGCGGGAUCUAAACUGCCAGACGCCAUGACUCGAGCAUCUCCCACUUCAGUCACCCUGCCACCGCCUUUCACCACAGCGAGUGCAGAACCAAGCGACUCCGACAUGUGGGGUACGACACAGCCGAAUCAGACUCCAAUUGAAUCGUCGAGCGACUUAUUCGGAACCACUGUCCAGGUCGAGCGUUCGGCUACCAACUCGACGGCAGCUCAGGAGGCGUCAGACCUUUUUGGACCGACCCUCGCAUCCGACAACAGUCGAAAGCGCCGAAAGUCUCCUUCACCCACCUUUGUGGAUGUUCAGGCAGCUGUGAAAGAGGACAUCCUGUCGGAGGAAGUGGUAAAUCGAGCGUUGCUGCCCAGUCAACAAGAUGAAGCUCAACCCGCGGCUGAUCCUAAACACGAAGUGGAUACCUUCUCCUCCGCUGCACAAUCGAGCUUGGGUACCGGUCACAAAACAGAUGAUCCUGCUCCUGCGCGUAUUGACGGAUCGGCAAGUCAAAAGCCUGACAGCGAAAUUGAGGACAAUGAAGACGUGGUCAAAGUUUCUCGGAACAUGCGGAAGAAGUCGAAAAAAAUUGAGCGUGCGAAGAGAAAACAGGAGAAGAAGGCAAGAGGGAUGAACAACGAGGAUCCACCGAAAGAGAUUAAAGACUUUGAUUAUGCGUCAGCGCCUAGCUUGCUGGACGCUGCUCCAGCUGAGGUCAAAGGGAAGGCGAAGAAGAGCAAGGCGCGAGGAACCGAGAUUAUCACACCGAGAUUCGGUACCGUCGCCAAAGAUCUCAGCGAGCCAAAGGGAGGCAACAAGAGCAAGACUUUCCAUUGA